GUGCAAAGUGUGUGAAUUUCUAUUGGGUUGUUCCAGGAAGCACAAUGAAGUGGUCAAAAUUCAUUUUACUCUCAGCCUUCUGUUACUGUUUCAGUAAUAUUCUCACAGUUGACGCCGGCCGUUUGGCAUCGAUGGGUGUGGUCCAGCGCCUAAAGGAGCUCGAGCCGAAGCAUACCGAAAUUAAGUAUCGCAUAAUUAACUUCGUGUACUCCGCCAAGUACAGCUUGGUGCAAAAGACGGACGAGUUCUACAAACAAGUGAUCAGCGCAAAGGAAGGAUCUCUCGCCAAUUCGAUCGCCCUCGAAGAUGAGCUGCUUUAUCAGCUCAACCAUCAGACCCAGGCGGUGGAUAGCAGCUGUCUGGACUUCCUGAAAUCGAUCGUCGAUAGUAACAUAAACGUGGCGGGCGUUGGAUUUUCCAACUGCAUCAACGACGUUGAACGUGGCGUAGAGAGCGAGCUACAUCAAGCACAGAAGCAGCUUAACGUAGACGAAUCGGAAAUAUUCUACCAAAGUUUGUUGGACGUGUUUCAGGGUGAAAAUGUGAUCGCCGGUCCGGACGCGAUCGCUGCGAAGCUGCAGAAGAAGGCAGCAGAAAUUGAUGCAUUCGCUAGUGAUUACAUGUCGGGAGUAUUCAAAGUAGUGGAACAGUUCUCCUCGAAGUUAUGGGAUUUGCGAAACGGCUAUCAAAGGUGUCUGAAUGUGAACGAAUCGGUUCUGAAGAUGGCAUACGAUGUUUCGAAGAAUCAGCUAACCAGCACUUGCCUAGGUUCAAUUGUGAAUGUUGAAACUUAAGUUGCAGUGGUGGUGUUAGUGCAAUUUAACAGUCUUUUUCUGUCGUGUGGGCAUUCGGGAUAAUAUACUAAUACUCGACAUACAAUUUAAUCAUCUUGAAUACAUA